AGCGAGCGAGCGAUUCUACGUAGAAACCGGGAGAAUGGGAAGGGAAGAUUCUCUUGGGCGUCUUCAUAUAAAUGCCGGUGGUACUACCAGCACGGAACCAUAGAUUCGAUCUUGCUCAAAUCGAAGCCGUACGCAAAUCACCGACAAUCGUCGUCAUCAUGCAGUAUCUAAUCUUGAUCCUUGCAAUCUUUGGCUCUGCGCUCGGACAAUUUGGAUCAUUUCGUGGCUUUCCCAGCCAAAAUGCGUAUAGACCGACACCGACACCGAGGCCGUACCAACCGCAACCGCAGCCGCAAUACACAUCUCCGGUAAGGCCAUUUAUAGCCAUUCGAAGUCAGCAGAAAGACACAUCGCCGGAUGGAUCUUACACUUUUAGUUAUGAAACGGAAAACGGAAUCUCAGUGUCCGAAAGCGGAUAUCCUCAAGCCGGACCUCAGGGUCAAACAGAGGUAGUUCAAGGUAGAUUUUCGUAUCCCGCGCCUGAUGGUACCCCCAUUACGAUCGAAUAUACAGCCGAUGAAAAUGGUUUCCACGCUCAAGGUGCUCAUAUCCCCACGCCGCCCCCCAUUCCGGAAGCCAUCCAAAGAGCGCUCGCGGCAAACCCGCCCGGACCGGACGACGAAAAGUACGAUCGACAACCCUUCCAACAAAGAUUUGACAGACCGACAUACAAUGCGAACCCAUUCCGGAGAUUCUAAUUUCACUGCGCACUGUUCGAUCUGCAAAAUCCUCUCUACGAUGCAUCCCCGAUCAGCACAGCCAAGCGAAUCUAUUAGAGGGAGGUUCGGCUAGGUAUCGACUAGGCUAGGCUUCCAGCUUUCUGCUCAGCCUCUAACCCGAAUCCAAUAAGUGAUUACGUGUACAUAAGACAUAGUAUGAUGUACAACAACAGUAUCGACCCUCUACAGCAAUAUAACUGUCGUUAUGCAAUAAAUCAAUAUAAAUAUAUUGUUUCUAUUUGUUCUCGUAA